CGCUUCCUUGACUAGAAAGGGGCGAGGUACUGGAGAGGCUUCCAGCGUCCGGCCGCAGAGCAGGUCGGGAAAUGAUUUUAAACUGUGGCGGGCGCGGAGCUCCGAAGUUGGCAGCUUGGUGAAUGCCAGUUGUCAGGCCUGCCUUUGACCCCAGAAGAGUUCUGGAGAGGGCAUUUGGGGCGCCUUGGCGCUCGGUCUUUUCCCUCUCGGUGUGCAUACGCCGACUCCACAGAAGUGAGGGUCGCAGAGCUAGGCCGCUGGGGAUGCGGAAAGGCCCCUCCGCAGGUGAAGUCGCGGGCGUUGCCCUGGUCUCGAGUCUCCACGUAGUGUCGGAGCUGGCCUUGAAGAAUGAUUCGUGAAUCCAGAAUGGGUGACAGCGUCAGCUCGGCAUACUAUUGAGUAUGGAUACUUAUGAUUCAGCAGGAUUGACUCCUAGACAAAGGGCCUCCUCAGGUCUUAAAGAUUACUUUGUAGGCGUCACCCCUCUGCAGAAACGACUGGAGUCCGUCAGGAGGCAGAACUCAUUUUUCCCCACUCCAUCUCGAAGAAAAAUUCUCCAGUGUUCACAGUUGCAGGAAGAUGUUGAUCCUCAUAAGGUUGCAUUUCUCCUCCACAAACAGUGGACUAUAUAUAGUUUAACUCCCCUCUAUAAAUUUUCCUACACCAAUCUCAAAGAGUAUUCUAGACUUCUAAGUGCGUUCAUUGCCGCUGAAAAGCAGAAAGGACUUGCUGUGGAAGUGGGAGAAGACUUCAACAUCAAAGUGAUUUUCUCCACUCUACUUGGAGUGAAAGGAACACAAAGGGACCCUGAAGCAUUUCUUAUCCAGAUUCUCUCAAAAUCUCAGUCAUCACAUGAGCACAGAGAAGAUAAAGUGUUAUGGACUGGUUGGUUCUGCUGUGUAUCUGGAGAUAGUCUUCUGGAGACUGUUUCAGAAGACUUCACCUGUCUACCCUUAUUCCUUGCAAAUGGAGCAGAGUCUAAUACAGCUUUAAUUGGAACAUGGUUUCAGAAAACCUUUGACUGUUACUUCAGUCCUUUAGCAAUCAGUGCUUUUAAUCUUUCCUGGAUGGCUGCUAUGUGGACUGCAUGCAAAAUGGAUGGCUACCUGGCUACUACUGAAUUUUUUUGGUCUGUACCCUGCAGCCCUCAAAGUUUGGAUAUUUCUUAUGCAAUACAUCCAGAGGAUGCAAAAGCUUUAUGGGACAGUGUUCACAAAACACCUGGGGAGGUUACCCAGGAGGAAGUUGACUUAUUUAUGGACUGCCUUUGUUCACAUUUUCAUAGACAUUUCAAAAUUCACUUAUCAGCCACAAGAUUGGUUCGUGUUUCAACAUCUGUUGCUUCUGCACAUACUGAUGGAAAAAUAAAGAUUCUGUGUCAUAAAUAUCUUGUUGGCGUGUUGGCAUAUUUGACAGAACUGGCAAUUUUUCAAAUUGAGUGAGGCCUUGUAUGGACUAUAAAUUAUGGACUCUGUGCCCUUUUGAUUAUUUCUGACCACCCAAUAGUACAGUGGGAGAAGUAUGACCUGUUUUCCUCAUAGACUUUUGAGGUUGCCCAGGAUAGCAGUGGGAGAGCCACAUUCAUGCGCUUGCAGACUGCUCAUGUUGCUGUGGUAAUGUCAUAUGUGUAUAUUCAUCAUCCUUUUAAAAUGUAGACAAUGUUUAUGUCCAACUUAGGAUUCAAAUAAAUGAGCUUAAAAUUU